ACCUUUUUAAACGUCUUGGAGCAAGUGGUCCUCUCUACGACACUCGCAACCGUCGUUUUAAACCACACUCUCAACUCUCUCUCCCUCUUUACUCCUUCCCUCGAGCUCUUCGCAGAUCCAUCGAUCCUUUUGAAACGAUGCCGUCUCGCAGAAGAACUCUCCUGAAGGUCAUCAUUCUCGGCGACAGCGGGGUUGGCAAGACCUCAUUGAUGAACCAGUAUGUAAAUAAGAAGUUUAGUAAUCAAUACAAGGCUACUAUUGGAGCUGAUUUUCUGACAAAGGAAGUUCAAUUUGAAGAUAGGCUUUUCACAUUACAGAUCUGGGAUACUGCUGGCCAGGAAAGAUUCCAAAGCCUAGGUGUUGCUUUCUAUCGCGGUGCUGAUUGCUGUGUACUUGUUUAUGAUGUAAAUUCAAUGAAAUCAUUUGACAACCUGAAUAACUGGAGAGAAGAGUUCCUUAUUCAGGCGAGUCCUUCAGAUCCAGAGAAUUUCCCAUUUGUUGUUCUAGGAAAUAAGAUUGACGUGGAUGGUGGGAACAGUAGAGUGGUCUCAGAGAAGAAGGCUCGAGCUUGGUGUGCCUCCAAAGGAAAUAUCCCCUAUUUUGAGACCUCUGCUAAGGAAGGAGUUAAUGUGGAAGAAGCUUUCCAGUGCAUAGCUAAGAAUGCCCUGAAGAGCGGGGAGGAGGAAGAGAUAUACUUGCCAGACACCAUUGACGUUGGAAACACGAGCCAGCAGAGGUCUACUGGAUGUGAGUGCUAGAAGUGUUACCUCAUUUACGAAAGCAGCAAUAAUAUUUUAGCAGUAUUACAAAUCAUUUCCCCUCAACCUUUUUAUGGGUCUGUUUAAGUCUACACUGUACAUUUGUCUUUUGUGUGAAACGGAUUGGUCCAUUCAUCUUCGUUGGAUUUAGUUGUUUAAUGCCUUCUGUACUGCUCGGAGUUAGUUGUUCAAUGCCUUAUGUAAUAUUGCUUUUAAAGUCUUAUAUUGUUGUUGUCGUUGGGCUGGAUACUGCCCUUGUUGACCAUUCAUGAUUUUAUCUUAAUGAUUUCAGUUAUUUGUUCCA